AUGUCUGUACCCACUGACUUUCAAACAUCGCCGUCGGCUUCGUCAUCAUCUUCACCAUCAUGUACACCCUCGCUUAUCUCCUCCACUUCCUCCACCUCUCUCCCCUUCCACCGGAUAAGAGGAGGAGGAGGAGGAGGAGGAAGAGGAGUGGUAGCAGAAGAGCAGAGGAACCGGGGAAGAGAGAACGCUGGGAGCUGCAGCUGUUGCGCCGCCUGCACGAAGCACUGGAGAGCUGGGAGAGAGGACAGGAGUGAAGGUGGGCAGCGCCGCAAGAGCCGUGGGAGCUCUCCCUCAGACAGGCAUCGGGCGCGGUCGGACACGGACGGACGGGAGACGAGACGAGAUACGAACGAAAAUCACUUAAUAAAGAGAAAAAGAGAAAAAGAAAAAAAGAUGGAUUCCACCGCAGUUACCGCCAAGGAUAACGAGCCUACUGGAUUGUUGACUGACACACAACUGAGCGUCGCCACCGGACUCGUGUUAAUGUUCGGAAUGUUCUGGGUCAUUGGCUACCUCCUCAACUUCCUCAACUUCGCUCCCCUCCGUCGGCGCCGAUAUUAUCCCGGGCACGAAGAUCCUCACGCCCAGGCCUCCUCCAUGUCGUUCCUGGAGAAGGCGUUGAACACCGUCAGUCGCUGGACGAGUCUCGAUUCGUUCUAAGAGGAAGAAAAAAAAAAGUGGCGGGGAUUCGGACAAAAAUGGCGGGAAAUCGGAUAGAAAAAUGGCGGGAAAAAGUAGAGAAAAAGUGGCGGGAAAAUCGAAAGAUGAGGGAAAAUCAGUUUUUUGGUUUUCUUUUCUCUUUCUCUCAUCUUUUUUCCCUUUUCUCUCUGUAACUUUUAUCAAUGCUGUUGUUUUGUGUGUUUGUGUAUUUAUUUGUGAGUGAGGAUGCUUUUUGGCUGAUAUUCAAUUUUUGUGUUUUUGUGCGAUUUUAUGUGUGUACGUUCGUGUGUACGUGUGUGCUUGUCUGUGUACGUUUUGUGAUUUUUAAUGUUAUGUGUUAUUUAUUAUGCAUUUAUUGUCUCCAUACACAUCAUUCCAUUAUAUAUAAGGAUUUUUUUCUAAUAAAGGAGAAAAAAUA